GGAAAAUAUUAAAAUAACAGGAACCAUUUCUCCAUAUCAUUCAGAUCAGAAUUCAAGCUUUGGCGUUAUAAACCACAGACGAAUUGGAGCUUCACAUUGAACGGAGGUGUUCUGCAACGGUUUUUUUUCCCUCCUUAAAGUUUACUUCUGCAAGAAGGAAUCUGAAAAAUGACAGGGACAAAGAGGAAAAAGAAGAGUGAGCUCUGGAACAGGAUGAAGAUCCCCCAUUGUGAAGACUUUAAACAGUGGUCUAGAAGGAGGCUACCUAUUUUGGAAUGGGCACUACAUUACAAUCUGAAAGAAAACUUGCUCCCAGACACUGUGUCUGGGAUAAUGUUGGCAAUUCAACAGGUGACGCAAGGGCUGGCCUUUGCUAUUCUCUCAUCUGUGCACCCAGUGUUCGGUUUAUAUGGGUCUUUGUUUCCUGUCAUCAUUUACGCCAUAUUUGGAAUGGGACGUCAUGUUGCCACAGGCACUUUUGCCUUGACAUCCUUAAUAUCAGCCAACGCAGUGGAACGUCUUGUCCCGCUGAGUAGCCAGAACCUCACGACACAGACGAACACAAGCAUGCUGGGCUUAUCUGACUUUGAGAUGCAAAGGAUUGGUGUUGCUGCAGCUGUUUCUUUCUUGGGAGGUGUGAUUCAGGUGGCCAUGUAUGUGCUACAACUGGGCAGCGCAACAUUCCUGUUCACGGAGCCUGUGAUCAGCGCUAUGACAACUGGGGCUGCCACACAUGUAGUGACUUCACAAGUAAAGUAUUUCUUGGGAAUGAAAAUACCCUAUAUAUCUGGACCACUUGGAUUCUUUUAUAUCUACAUAUAUGUCUUUGAAAACAUCAAGUCUGUUCGACUGGAAGCACUGCUCUUAUCCUUGCUGAGCACUGCAGUGCUUGUUCUGGUUAAAGAGUUGAAUGAAAGGUUUAAAAGGAAAAUUAAAGUUGUUCUUCCUGUCGAUUUAGUUUUGAUUAUUGCUGCAUCAUUUGCUUGUUAUUAUACCAAUAUGGAAAACACAUAUGGAUUUGGAGUAGUUGGUCAUAUUCCAAAAGGCAUUCCUUCACCUCGGGCUCCCUCAAUGAGCGUCCUCUCUGCAGUAGUCACCGAAGCGUUCGGAGUGGCACUCGUAGGCUAUGCAGCCUCUCUGGCUCUUGCUCAAGGAUCUGCCAAAAAGUUCAAAUAUUCAGUUGACGACAACCAGGAACUUUUGGCUCAUGGCCUCAGCAACGUGAUUUCUUCAUUUUUCUUCUGCAUACCGAGCGCUGCCGCCAUGGGACGGACCGCCGGCCUCUACAGCACAGGAGCAAAGACACAGGUGGCUUGUCUAAUAUCUUGCAUUUUUGUCCUGAUUGUCAUUUAUGCUCUAGGACCUUUGCUUUACUGGCUGCCAAUGUGUGUUCUUGCAAGUAUUAUUGUUGUAGGACUAAAGGGAAUGCUCAUACAGUUUCGGGAUUUAAAAAAAUAUUGGAAUGUGGAUAAAAUUGAUUGGGGCAUAUGGGUCAGUACCUAUGUAUUUACAAUAUGUUUUGCUGCCAAUGUGGGACUGCUGUUUGGUGUUGUCUGUACCAUAGCUAUUGUGAUUGGCCGCUUCUCAAGAGCAAAGACACUGAGUAUAAAAAACAUGAAAGAAAUGGAAUUUAAAGUGAAGACAGAAAUGGAUGGCGAAACCCUGCAACAGGCAAAAAUUAUCUCAAUAAACAAACCACUUGUUUUUCUGAAUGCAAAGAAGUUUUAUGCUGAUCUAAUGAAUGCAAUGCAAAAGGAAAAUGCCAGCAAUCAGCCACUUGAUGAUAUGAGCAAGUGUGAACAAAAUACAUUGCUCAGUUCUCAAUCUAAUGGCAAUUGCAAUGAAGAGGCGUCACAGCCCUGCCCAAACGAGAAAUGUCCUUUGAUCCUGGAUUGCAGUGGGGUGACCUUUUUCGACUCUUCUGGAGUCUCCGUGCUUGUUGAGGUUUACAUGGACUGUAAGAGCAAGAAUGUGGAUGUUUCGUUAUCCCAUUGCACAGCUUCCUUGAUAAAAGCAAUGAAGUACUGUGGAAAUCUAGACUCAGAGACACCAUUAUUUUUUAAAUCGGUACCCGCUGCAUUAAAUAACAUCCAUUCAAAUAAAAAUUCAAGCAAACUCAGUGACCAGAGUGAAGUCUGA